AUGUCUGAAGAACUGUCCCACCCGCCACUAAAACCGCCUCUCCAGAACUCGUCGGCCCCGCGAGACAAGGAGCCAAAGGAGAUUGAAAAGUUGCUGAAAUGGCAACAACAACGAAUAGAGAGGAGGCUGAGGGGGGAAUAUGAGUCGGCGGUGAUGCACCUACAGGAAACGGUCAAUAACAACCUCAAAACACCGGUCAACAUUGCCUCUGUCCGUGUUGAAGGCGCACACGGGACGAGGACAUCGUUCCUUGGUUCUAUCAUCGACCCCAUCCUCGCUGCAAGCAACAAGGACUCUCCAGAAGGCCAAAGCGACUUGGAAUCUGUCUUGCACACCACACGGAAAAUUGGCGCAGUCCUGACCAAGUCAGACCUCUUCUCCACUGUUGAAGCCAAGAUUGAACGGGCCAAGAAUUCUUCUGCAGCUAAUACCGACGUGGAUAUCAUAUUCAAAACGAAGGAACGGGGUCGCUGGUAUCUGAGUAGCGCCACUGAACUCGGGAACAACGAGGGCAGCGCGAGCGCGUCAGCUCGCGUUCGCAAUGUAUUCGGUGGUGCAGAAACCUUCACUGCCAACCUUUCGCUCGGUACCAAGACCCGGCGCUCGUUUACGGCCUCUCUGAGCGCACCUCUGACCCCGGACCUCAACACCUUCGGAGAGUUCAGCGUCUAUGGCUUGGAGCGCGACCAGACGUCGUAUGCAAGUUGUUUCGAAGGCUUGCGUGGUCUCAAAGCUGUCGUCAAAGGAGGUACUUUGGAGAAGGGCUUGCAUGAAAUGGGAUAUGAAGCUGUCCACAGACAUGUCCGGGACCUGUUGCCAACAGCCUCUAUUAGCAUGCGUCAGGCUGCCGGGGAGUCAAUCAAAUCCUCCAUCUUCCAUUCGUAUACUUUGGACACCCGCAACGAUCGCAUUGCCGCUACACGGGGCGGUUAUGUCAAAUUCUAUCACGAAUUUUCAGGGUUGGGCGGGGACGCAUCCUUCUACAAGACAGAGGCAGAGGGUCAAGUCUCAAGACCACUUAUCCCUGGAUUGUCUUUCUCUCUGGCUGGUCGGACGGGGCUACUUUGGGGCUUGAACAAGCCUCUACUUUUCUCUGACCGAUUCCAGCUUGGAGGGCCAACUUCCGUGCGCUCUUUCAAAGCUAACGGGCUAGGUCCUCACGAUGGACAGGACUCAAUUGGCGGAGACAUCUACUAUUCGGUUGGCGCGAGCCUGAUUGGGGACAUUCCGAAUAAAGCCCAUUGGCCGCUAAAGGGACAUCUGUGGGUGAAUGCUGGGAGGCUGGAGCAAGUGGACCGAGCACGGCCACUCACAGACAACGUCAAAGACAUGCUCGCCCGUCCAUCGAUAUCGGCUGGUCUGGGCCUCAUCUACCGGUUCGACCCAGUGCGGGUGGAGGUCAACUUGGGUGUCCCAUUGGUUGCGAGUAAAAGCGAUGGAACGAGGAAGGGUAUCCAGGUUGGCGUGGGGCUAGAAUUUUUGUAGUCGUGGUACAACUUUUGUGCGCGAUUUUUGGCUUGUUUUAGAUUAUACAUAUACCAUUCGCUUUUAU